AUGGCGGCUGCAGCACAGUCGCUCUCGGAGCGGACGCGAUUGCUCUUCGGGAGCUCUUAUGGCGAAGCGAUUGAUCCAUCGACACUCCCCAUUUCCUCCUCCUUCAAGAGGAAGGUCGAAUACGAAAGUGUCCGCGAACUACCCAAGGCACUGGCCGAGAAGCAGGCAAAGGCAACGGCUGCGCGAGGACCCAAAAGACCCAAGAUGGCAACGGGGAACAAUCAGAUGGCGUUGGUAAAGAGCGAGGCGAAACCGGACUCACAAGGGCCAUCAUCGCAAAGUAACGGUAUCGGGAGCAGUCUGAUCCGCAGACCAAACAUGCAACAGCCUCGACCCGACUGGCAUGCGCCGUGGAAAUUGAUGAGAGUCAUAUCCGGACACCUCGGCUGGGUGCGCGCAUUGGCGGUGGAACCAGGCAAUGAGUGGUUUGCAUCUGGAGCAGGAGACAGGACGAUAAAAAUCUGGGAUCUGGCCACGGGCCAACUCCGCUUGACAUUGACGGGUCAUAUCUCCACGGUUCGUGGACUGGCGGUGUCGCCGCGCCAUCCAUACCUUUUCUCCUGCGGGGAGGACAAGAUGGUGAAAUGCUGGGACCUGGAAACCAACAAAGUCAUCCGCCACUAUCACGGCCAUUUGUCCGGCGUCUACACCCUUUCACUACAUCCGACGCUCGACGUGCUGGUCACUGGUGGGAGAGACGGCGUCGCUCGUGUAUGGGACAUGCGCACGCGCUCCAACAUUCAUGUGCUGUCUGGUCACAAGGGCACCGUCUCGGAUGUGAAAUGCCAGGAAGCGGAUCCUCAAGUUAUCACAUCGAGUCUCGACGCCACCGUGCGACUAUGGGACCUCGCUGCGGGCAAAACCAUGGGCGUACUCACACAUCAUAAGAAAGGCGUCAGGGCGCUGGCUAUCCACCCGAAGGAAUUCACAUUCGCAUCUGCGUCAGCCGGUUCGAUAAAACAGUGGAAAUGUCCCGAGGGUGCAUUCAUGCAGAAUUUCGAGGGCCACAACGCAAUCAUCAACACUCUGGCCGUGAAUGAAGAUAAUGUGCUCUUCAGUGGGGGCGAUAAUGGUAGUGUUUGCUUCUGGGACUGGAAGACAGGACAUCGGUUCCAGAGUACCGAGUCCCUGGCGCAGCCGGGGUCAUUGGAUGCCGAGGCGGGUAUUAUGAGCAGUACAUUUGAUCAGACAGGGCUGCGGUUGAUCAUGGGAGAGGCUGAUAAGACGAUCAAGAUUUGGAGACCAGAUCCCGAGGCCACGCCGGAGACCCAUCCAUUGGACUGGAAGCCGACAUUGGGCCGGGUAAAAUACUGA